AGGCAGCAGGAGACCAGAGCUAGCCUUCUCAACAGUGUACAUCCUGUGAGGACUGAAGUGACCUCUGAGACUCAUCUCAACAUGUUCAGUGAAAAAGGCAGUGCCUCUUUGUCCCAGAAGCCCAUCCAGAAAAAGACACGACCUCAGGGCCUCCCCUCCCCUGCUCUCUGCUGCGCUUGUGGACUUUGCAUCAUGCUAGCAGGGAUCAACAUCACUUUAGUGGGAGCAUUUGCCUUUGGGACCUUCCUCCCCGUCAACAACCCUCCCAUCAUCAUUGGACCCAUCUUGCUGGUGGUGGCCUUCACAUUCUUUGGUGCCUGCUGCAUCUGCAGCCGGAGGCCCCCAGCUCACGGGGCCAGGAAAUCCAAACCAGGUUCCAACAUUGGGCUCAUUAAGCCUGGCAACACAGCCUUUGAGAUUGAAACUAGUGAGCACACGGUGCAAGAUACCACUGCUGUUCAGCUGAGCCCCACAAAUUCCCCCAUCUCCUCGAAAAAAUCCACACCGGUUCAUGAGAACGCGAAGACGUGCAAGCUCUUCACCAUGGAAGGCAAUGGGCCGGGUGCCAAGUACACCACAGGAGGAGAGGCAAUACAGCUCAAUCUGCCCAGGGACCUGGCCGCAUCCUAAAGCCAGGCAGAGCUUUUGUUAGCAGCCAGCCAGAUGCUGCAACGGGUGGGCUGGAAAUCUGUCAUGUUCCAUUGGUCAGAGGUGUGGGGAAGGUGCUUGUGAAAAGCCAGCAGACAGACAGGUCUCUCUGAAUCAACUUAAGGGAGGUGGAUGCAACAGCAGAAAAUUUCCGGAUUUUUGCUGAAAGGAACACGCCCAUUAUAUGGCUUUAAAAAGAAAAUUGAUAAUGAUGUUACUGUGAAAGGAUGACUCUCAGUUUCUGGGAGUAGACUGGCUUUUUGGGGGGGAGCAGAUAGGAAGAGGGGAAUCAAUUAAUUUGUCUAGCAUAACAUGGAAAUAUGAUGGUUGGAAGGAGGGGCUACAUGGGGCUGACAAAUGACAGCUCUUUCUUCUGAGAAGUGAAGCAAUUCUUGAACGUAAAAGAAGCAGGAAUGCAGUAAAUUACAGCUUACUGCCACUCAGUCGCAAGAUUUCAGCAUUUUUAGUGCCAGGCUUUGGCAGUAGGGACAAAACUGUUUGCUAUUGAAAAACCAGUGUGAAACAAUCACCCCUCCAUUGAAAAUCCUUGCCCUGUCUUGCCUUCAUUUGGGUGACUUUAACACCCAUUCUAAGAGACCAUGAAUCACAAGGAUCACAGCUAGAACUGGUAUUUUCCUCUUAUUUUAAUCAGGUCGGGCUGCAACUGUGCUGCUCAGUCUAAUGUGUACCUUGGAAGCUCAGCCACACUGAAUCCUUCAAGACAAGCUCUUGGAGUAACCAGAGGUUGGCAGGAGCCUGCAAUGAAAUCUUUGGGCAAUGAUUAUGUACUGAGUGCUAGGCAGCUUCCUUUCCAUCUUUUUGUGGAAGGCUGGCCUGGGACCCACAUCAGCUUGGGGCAGGGGGAAAAUAACUAUAUGGGCUUCAGUAUAGCUGUGCUGGAAAGUGGUGACUGUACCUCCUUCCCUGAAGUGGCUGUGAGAUCCAUUACGCAGAGCGAGCAAUCAGGAGUGGAUGGAUCUCCUUGCUGCAGGAAACUGGCUGCUCAGUGUGCUUAUGGCCUUGCAAAGCAAUGGGAUGAGUUUGCAGAAGAGACUGUAUCAGGAGCUGUUCAACGCAAAGACACUGCCUCUGCCUCAGAAAGGCCCUCAUCUGAUGGAUUAUAGGGCCAAAGACUUUGUGUUCUUCCCUGGGUGACCCCGGCUGGGCCGAUGGUGCUGAGCUAAUGGGCCUUUGCUCUAACUCCUGUAGGGGCUGUUGACAUGUUUUAUAAGAUAUGGGGUCAGUGUGGGGAAGGACAGCUGUGCUAGGCAGUGCCAGUAUGUGGGGAGGCAGCAGUAGGAGAGUGGAUUCUGACUAGGAAUGGCUACACAGGUUCCCUGUUUAUGGAAAUACCAUAUGUGAAAUGGGGCUUUUGAGACUUUGAGUGACGAGGAAGUCAUAAGGACACAAAAGUGACCAUACCAGAUCAUUCUGAAGGCCCAGCUAGCCUAGCAACCCAUUUCUGACAAGUCCAAGAACAAAGUCUGGAGAAGAGCAUAAAGACAGGGCAAAACCAGUGUGUUGCUUGCCCAAAAUGCUCUCCCCGCUACCAAGGCACUAUUGCUUAGGAGCUUCCUGAGCUGGAAGUGGUGUCUGUAUUUGGUAGCCCUGAAUUGAUUUCUUCUUCAUGAAAUAAUCCAUUUGCACCUUGAAUGUCUGUCAACUUUCAUAAUUUGUGAUCCUGCAGCAAAGAGUUGCACAGUUUAAUAAGAAUCCAUAAAAUUCUUUAUCCUUAGCUUAUUUUCAUCUUGCACCUUACUGAUUCCCUUCAAUGACCCAAGUUCCCAGGGCCAACAAACAGCCCAUGCUCCCCCCACCAUCUCCAGGUUUUUUGGGGCCUUUGUCAUGUUUUCUUCAGUCAUCUCUUGUCUACAAGAGAUGUGAAGUACCUUAGGAAAGAGGUGAUUGAAGGAAACACGACAGGCUGAAGGGGAAACACUGGAAGAGAAGGAGAGGCUAAGUCUCCCUGGGCCACCAGCAGACCUCUGCAUGGCCAGGCUGUGAGAGCUAUGUGGUUGGUGUGCUGGGUUAAGUGAUGGCAUGUGGGAUCAUGGGAGAGCUCGAGAGAAGAGCCACGGUGCUGUACAGUCCAUGCAUGGGGUGUCCUGGUUGCUCUGGGGAGCCACUGUGCAGCCGAUGGCCCCUUCAUGAGCUUGGGUAGGAUGAGAUUGAAUUUCAUUCCUUGAUGAGAGGGCAUCAAACACUCCAUCUUCAUGUGGGUCCUCCUUGUGUGCUCCAACAGUUUGCUGCCUUGAACAUCUCCUUCUACAUCAAGGCAUUAGAAUAGUUGGAUUGUAGCAGGGCUGGUCUACUGACUAGGAGGGGCAGAAGCCGGCUCAGGAAAAGGAUGUUUGUAUUGGCCUGGGAAGAUAUGGGAUUAAGUCUUUGGUACAACCUCCAGGUCCUGGGGAAAUCAUUUAAUUGUGCUACUGCUCAGCUCCCUGCCUGUGUGGGAGGGAAAGUACCUACUCCCAACUCCACUUACAGCUGCUUUAAAGAUGAACAUAUUGCCAGCAGCAGGGUUGGUAUUAGCGCACCUGAGUCUGGAGACUGCUUGAAAGUGGAUGAGUUUGUAAGGUCUGAUCUCUGCAUGAUCUCCUUUAGAGCUUAUUUUCAUGGGUGAGCUCUGCCUCCAGUGCCAGCUGCCCUUUGGCAUGCAGGAAUGGCUGUACUGAACAAAAGGCUCCCGUGAUUUUUGCUGGGCGGUGAAUGCUGCAUCAAUUAAACAGAAUAGCUUGCUGAUGUAGGUUUGACUCCCAGGUUGUUGGCUCACCAGCCUUUUGGAAUAACACACAACAGGCUGGAAAUACUUUAGUGGCAUUGCCCAUGUGAAUAUGGUUACUGCAGCACUUUUCUUUGAGCACUUGGAGCCAAAAAAUAGUAAAGUCAAGUGGUAACCAUACAACUCCUUCCUCUACUCACUGAAGGCUUGAAAAUCAAGUCUGGAGUGUGUGUACUGGAAUCAGUUCUUACCACAGCUGCACCGUGAAAUGCUACCGGUGAUGGACAAUACAAUGGCAGAUCCCAUAGAGGUUGAAGGCGAAGGCCCCUUGGUCAGGAAUGGGGGCAGAAGCAGGACUUUGAGGGUCAGCUAGGAGUUUAGUGUCAUUCACACUUGUGUUGUGGCAUCACAGCCAGCACCAUACAAGGAUCCCCAACACAGCCCAGGGUCCUGGCACGCCCUGUGCUGCGCACGCAGUUUGCCGUAAAGCCGUUGGUGCUCUGGGAGCUGAUGCCCUUGGGACACAGGAGAUGACCACCAGCAGAGAUAGCACCUGGGGAAGCAGAGGUGUAGGACCAGCGUGGUGCUGAUCGCCUGGUGUGGUGGAUCUAUAUGCCAAGUUGUGAAACCAACUGCCUGCCUGUGUACAGGUGGGCAUGGGAACAUCUGCUGCCUUCCAAAGCAUGAAUGCCCUGCUUUUGCCUUUUUCUGUCUUUCUGGAUUUCCAUGUCUGUCUGUCCGUCCACCUCUGUGAUCGGUCGUGACUAAUGUUGUGAAUCUCAUGCCUCCUUAUGUAGUGGGAGACAGGGAAUUUUCUUGUGCUCCAAGUCAGAGUUUCUGGUGUUAGCCUUUUUCUAAAUUACUAUUUACAUGUGUGCAAUGUGGAAUUUGGAAAAGACAGACCCAUUAAAAUAAUUGCACUCCGUAAGCAUUUGGCCCGCCUUCUCUUUCACUCUACCAACCACCUUCUGCCUUACCUUGGGACUGUGUGUGCCCCAAGGCUGUCUGUAUUAUUUUGCCUUGUGCUCCUCACCCGUCUG